UUACGUUUUUUUUGUUAACCUUUUGCAGUUUUAUUCUCUCUCUCUUUCUCUCUCUCAGCGGAGCUUGACCAUGGCAGCUUAUUGUACUGCGGUUUCGAUUACUGGUGCAUCUCAUCUUAAUUCAAGUAAACUUUGGUCUGCAAAGCUCAAUACCCCAAGGCACCAAACAAGGGUGGCAUUUCCAAGGAAAUCAAAUCAGUUGGGACCUAACCGCAAAUCAUCUGUCCGUGCAGAAUACAAUGAUGGUGGAAAAGUUGAUGGUGGUGAUUUUCUUGCUGGCUUUCUUCUAGGAGGUGCUGUGUUUGGAACAUUAGCAUAUAUCUUUGCUCCUCAGAUUAGGCGGUCUCUUCUAAAUGAGGAUGAAUAUGGGUUCAAAAGGGCUAAGCAACCAAUAUAUUAUGAUGAAGGCUUAGAGAAGACUCGGCAGACAUUGAAUGAAAAGAUAAGCCAACUCAAUUCAGCCAUUGACAAUGUAUCUUCACGACUGAGAGGUGGAAAUAAUGUGGUUACAGAACCUAUUGGAACUGAUUCAGAAGUAGAAGCUCCAAUGUGAAGGUUUAGAUUGCAACUAAGUGGUACGCAAUCUGCUCCACAAAAAGAGGGGAAGUUGCAAUGGGGAGCUGCAUUACAGAACUUUAUCCAGUAUCCAGUUGACCACCUGAACCUUGCUAUUAGUUGUAACGUUGCUAAUUCAAAGGGGUUUUUCAUCUUAUUGACCCUGUUUCGUUGUUUGGCUUGUGAUGGACUGAGGCAAGCUCACAUUUUAGGGACCAGGCUUCUGCAUCUUAGGAGGCGGUUGUGGUUGGACUCAUCCUCAUUUAACGAGCUAUUUGUCCUGUAUGGCUGCACCUAUGGUCUAUGGACACUCAAAAGCACAGUUUUUUUUUUUUUUUUUUCUCUUUGUUUUCUUGAGAGCUUUCUUUGAUACAUGGGUACCUAUGACCAUUAUGGCUGAUAAAAAGAAAAACCAAGCUCCAAUAUCUAUUACAUUGUGCUUGGCAAAUUAUGGUUUGAUGCCAAUAUCUGCAGUACUACAAAAAUAGAGCAAUUGUGAAAAAUGAAGUAUCUGAUCAUC